UCUCUUGUUUCUUUCAAAGGCUUCAAAACAUAAGAAAACAUUUCUGCUUUUUUUGCUACUCUAUGUGGCCUAUAAAUACACUUAGAACUUAGGAUAUAGAAACCAAGUAACCAAGUAGUGAACAAGAUGAAGAAGCUUUCUCUUUAUGCUUGUUUACUCAAAUUGAGUCUCUUGGUUCUUCUUCCCUACAGCAAAGCCAAUCAGGCUGAUAAACUAGAUGAGUUGAUUCUGUCUAGGAGCUCAAAGAAUCCUCCUCUGACUCUUUCAUGGGCAGAGGAAGAAGCAUUGAAAACUCAUUCUUCUGCUUAUGUUGCACCACAAGAGGGGCUGAGCCAAGCUGACAAGAUUCUCACAUUGCCUGGCCAGCCUUAUGGAGUGAAUUUUGAUCAAUAUUCAGGUUAUGUCACUGUUGAUCCAGUGGCUGGAAGAGAACUUUUCUAUUAUUUUGUGGAGUCUCCAUAUAACCCUUCAACUAAACCUUUAGUAUUGUGGCUAAAUGGAGGACCCGGUUGUUCCUCGUUGGGUUAUGGUGCCUUUGAGGAAUUGGGACCUUUUAGAAUAAACUCUGAUGGGAAAACACUUUAUCUUAACAAAUAUGCUUGGAAUGAAGUGGCAAAUGUGCUGUUCUUGGAAUCCCCUGCUGGAGUGGGCUUUUCCUACUCAAACACUACAUCUGAUUAUGAAAAAGCAGGAGAUAAGUCAACUGCUAAAGAUUCCUAUGUUUUCCUCAUCAAUUGGUUAGAGAGGUUUCCACAGUACAAAACCCAUGAUUUUUACAUCACUGGAGAGAGCUAUGCUGGCCAUUAUGUGCCUCAGCUUGCAUACACUAUUUUGGUGAACAAUAAAUUCAGUCACCAAAGUAUUAACCUCAAAGGCAUUGCUAUAGGGAAUGCUUGGAUUGAUGAUGCGACAGGUUCAAAGGGAAUAUUUGAUUACUUAUGGACUCAUGCUUUGAACUCAGAUCAAACCCACGAGUUGAUUGAGAAGUACUGCGAUUUUACAUCUGAAACCAUUUCGGAAAUAUGUUCCAAUGCCACAACAAGGGCAUUAGUUGAGAAAGGAAAAAUAGACUUCUAUAACAUCUAUGCUCCACGGUGUCACGACCCUUCUCUCAAAAAUGGAUCAACUGGUUCUGUAUAUGAUUUUGACCCGUGUUCUGAUUACUACGGCGAAGCCUAUUUUAAUAGGCCAGAGGUCCAACUAGCUCUUCAUGCAAAACCCACAAACUGGACCCACUGCAGUGAAUUAUUGGACUGGAACGACAGCCCUACUACCAUUCUACCUGUCAUCAAGUAUCUCAUCGACAGUAACAUUGGAUUGUGGAUAUACAGUGGUGAUACUGAUGCAAGGGUGCCAGUCACAUCUUCAAGAUACGCAAUCAACACCCUCAAGCUCCCUAUCCAGGUUCCUUGGCGUCCAUGGUAUUCUGGAAAUGAGGUUGGAGGAUACGUAGUGAAAUACAAAGGAAUAACAUUUGUGACAGUGAGAGGAGCAGGGCAUGUGGUUCCUAGCUGGCAACCAGCACGGGCUCUAACCAUGAUCGUUUCAUUCCUCUAUGGAAGCCUGCCACCUGCUUCACCAUGGAAUGGGUUCUAACUUCUAAGCAUCAUCUAUGCCUUCAACUUUUAAAAUUCUCCAACCUCAUUUGAAAUGCACUUUGUGCAAACUCCAUUAGUUAGAUUAAUUAAUAGUAGUUUUGUCAUGUUUCAGUUGAUUGACAUGCUAUGUACUGUGUACUUGGUAAAAUAUGCUGUCACUCAUUGUGUUAGUCUUCCUAGUUUGCUUUUUUUGAUGUACCAGUUUAUCAAAUAACUCCCUCUUUUGUUAUGAUUGGAAACUAGAAAUACAAUGAUUUUAGUUUCUAAAUUAUACAUGAUGGCGUGGCAAUGUUAGAAUAUGGGAAAAAUAUUUAA